AUGGAGAGAGGGUGCAAUUCCGAGAAACCAAAUCCCAGAAACUCCACUUUGGACGUGCUUCGUGUCAUCUUUUUCUCCGAGAAAGGGCCACCCCACGUUUCACUUUCACUUUUCGCUUUGGGAAAUGAUGCCAUUGUGUCCGGCAAAACCCAUCAUGUAGGAGACUCUACUCCAGUCUCGCUUUCCCUUUUCCCCUUUUCACGAGGUGGGCACGUCAGAAUCCUCUGAUUCUCGACCCGAGUUUCUCACUUUUUUUGGCUAUGGAGGAAGACAAGUACGCCAAAGAAUUGGAGGUGGCCGUGAGGGUGGUCCACGUGGCGUGUGCUCUGUGCGGGAGGGUGCAGGAGAGGCUCCUUGAGACCAGCAAUGAUCACGUUGUGUCCAAGGAUGAUGAUUCUCCUGUUACUGUUGCAGACUUUAGUGUUCAAGCAACCAUUAGUUGGUUAUUAUCAGAAAUAUUUGGAGUUCAAAACGUGUCAAUUGUGGCCGAAGAAGACAUACAAACCAUUUCAAAGGAUGAAUCAGCAAGCUUGCUGGAUAAUGUUGUGAACACUGUGAAUGAGUCUUUAGCUUUUGCAUCCAAGUAUGGUCUUCAAAGUCCAGAGACAACUCUAGGAUCAACUGAAAUUCUUGAGGCCAUUGCCCGUUGCAACUCAACUGGAGGGCCCAGUGGAAGAUAUUGGGUACUUGAUCCUGUUGAUGGCACAUUAGGAUUUGUACGUGGGGAUCAGUAUGCUGUUGCUCUUGCUCUGAUUGAGGAUGGAAAAGUUGUUCUUGGAGUUCUUGGUUGUCCUAACUACCCAAUAAAGACAGAAUUGCUUAAUUAUCAUUACCAGCAUCACCAAACAACGCCGCAAUCGUCUCUAGCAACUCUUGAUACCGGAGGAAAAGGAUGCGUAUUGUACGCGAAAAGUGGCAGUGGCGAGGCUUGGUUGCAGUCAUUGAUUGAUGGAGAGAAAAUGCUGGAAUGGCCAAAUCGUGCUAGACUUAUUCGUGUUUCUUCGAUUGAUGAUCCGACAUUGGCAACGCUCUGUGAACCAGUGGAAAGGGCAAACUCUAACCAUUCAUUCACAGCUGGACUUGCUCACAGUGUGGGACUUAGAAAACAGCCCUUGCGCGUGCACAGCAUGGUAAAAUAUGCAGCAAUAGCACGGGGCGAUGCAGAGAUAUUCAUGAAAUUUGCAAAGUGUGGGUACAAGGAGAAGAUAUGGGAUCAUGCUGCUGGUGUUGUGAUUGUUGAAGAGGCUGGUGGAGUGGUAACUGAUGCUGGAGGGCGCCCUCUGGACUUUUCCAAGGGAAUGUACUUAGAAGGUCUUGACAGAGGUAUAAUUGCAUGCUCUGGUGUAACACUACAUGAAAAAUUUAUUGGUGCUGUUUAUGCAAGCUGGGACUCCUCAAAUUUAUGACCCUUCCUUUCUUCUAUCAAUGAGGCAAAAUUUUGGUAGAGCCAAACUGCAACAUGUCUUUUUUUUUCAAUCACUUUUUUCCUUUGUUUUUCAUUCCAAAACUUUGUGAUGCAUGUUGGUAGACACAGUAGCUGGCUAAGUUUCCCACUGAUAUAGCAUAUUAUAUUAAA